AGACUGUAACCUAACGUUCGUCUGACUGAAUUGAGCUAACGUCCGUUGCAUUGCGUAUUUAUCAUCAAUGAUUACCAUUAAAAUAACAUAAAAAAAUAACACAUAACGUCAGAUCGUUUCAAGGUCCACGUGGGAUAUUUCAGGCGCUCUUGGGGGCCCUCUGGUGGCCACGGAGGGACCUGAGCAGGCGCUUGGGUCACUUGCUUGAAUUGCUCAGACCUCAUGAAGCUGUGCUAUCAUGCCAUUGAAGACAACGGAUUCCAGUAUAAUGGAAAGAUAACGUUGACUAAUGUUUCUGUUAAGAUAUGUUCAACUCUGCUUAGAGAGAGAGAGUUUUCGCUUGAAAUUGUAAGUUAAGAGUAUGUAGACCUAAGUAAGAAUCAAAACUGCCCAGAAAAUCUAUAUCCAUACUCAAGUUUAAAGAUCUAAAAGGGCUGUUCGUUAUAUUCCUGUCAAUUGACAGAAACAUUAACAAAGUCAAAGAAACAAUUGAAUCUUGCUAAUGGUGGUUUAAAGGUCGUGCCAAAAAAUGUGAGCUAGCCAGUCUGACCUGUCAGCCAGUCUGAGACAUCGCUGCUCCUUUCCUGUUGGUUGUUGCGCAGCGUUUUCUUCCCUGAAUACCUGGGAGCUGUCAGCGUGAACAGGAACAACCCUAAAGAUUGUGUUCAUCACGCAGUUCAAAACCAGAUUAGUAAUAUGUCAGAUUACCGGAACUGCUUGUAAAAUAAAACCAAACGCAUUGCCUAAGUGUGAAACAACAGCGGUAUUGUUGAUUACUUUAUAUCCAUACAAUGUCACAACAUUGUUGCAAAAGUAUUUUUCAUAACUUGUAAAGCCGGUAGAUUAGCACAUUUGUACAUCACUGAGUGAAUGUAUUCCGUAAUGCGUAAUGUGAGGCUACAGUGAUGUUCAGACUGAGGGUUACAGCAGGGGAGCCAGGAACAUUAUUGUUUAUAUUAGGCCUAUAUAUCAGGACAACAUGUGGUCUCUUUCCUUUCCCUUAGACCUAAGAGCAUACUGUAUUGAUUAACAGCAGGGGUCAUCGUCAUGGUAGGAUGUGGCGGUAUUUUGGGUCAAACGGACCGGGGGUCAGAGAUGGGCUCUGUUUGGAAUCCCGGGCCUGGAUCAGGGAUCCCCCCCCAGGGCUGGAGGUCAGCCCAGACCACAACUACUUAGUUAGCCUACAUUAUAAUGCUCAUGUUGAUCUUUUUGCAAAAAUGACCCCCCAAGAUGUCAGCAAAAUAUUGACAUGUACUCUAUUCAGAAGGGAUGUCCAUGACUUGUCCAGCUCUCUGUCCGUUAUGCAGCAGGUUGAUGAAGGGCGACAUGUUAAACUGCCAUGGCAUCGCUAGGCUGCAGUACUGAGAAAUCAGGAGGAAGAGAAAGACCAGGUCCAGAUCAGGUCUGGACCGAAGACUCGUGAACCUUCUCCCUCCACCACUCAGAAACACAGCUAGUUUGUGUUUUAAGAAAGUUUAAAAGGCUUCAAGUCAGAAGACAUUUUAUCUAUAAUUUGGCUGUCCGCAUCAAACAUCUUCUGUAUUUACGUUUUACUUUGUAUGCCUGAUUUUAACAGUUUAUCUUUUAAUCCUCACAUUUGGUCACGAUUUUUUGCAGUUGUUGUCUAAUGUAAAAUUUACCCCCUUUCAAUGUAAGAUUUUAUUUGAGUGUUUCUUUGCCUCCCACUGUUAAGCAUUUUGUAACACUGUUGAAAAUGUGCGAUAUAAAUAAAUGUACAGAAAUAAUAAAGUUGCCUAGUUCCAGUACAGGAAAGUCAAACAUUAAUUUAGUGUUGCUUUGUAUGCAGCCUCAUUCUCUGCAGUAGAGAUAAUAGGAUCUGUACAUCCUGGUUUCAUAGUUCACCAUAUCACCAGCAGUGGCACCUCCUCAAACCUGUUAAGUCAUUUUAUCUGUCUAUCAAUCACGAAAAAUAUUAUAUCAUAUUUACAAAACUGAGAUUAUUAUACUAGUAAUACUAAUAACCGAAAGAUCUGCCACGAGGUCCAAGGAAUUCAAACUAGUCGAAUCUCUGGCAAUGUAAAUGCAAUCCUAUAAUGAAAAGCCCUAUUGCUUAUAAAUAAUGGUACAUGCAGGAUGAUGCAGCAAUGCAGGAGGCGUCAGGAACCAUUAGGGGAGGAGGCCUUAAUGAGGAGGAGGCGUUAAUGAGGAGCCAGGGGGCGGGCCAUCACGUGACGCCGCUCCUCUCUUUCUCCAGCCCCGCUGCGCUGCAUCCAUCAUCAGGAACAGCGAGCCUUGAAAUGCUAGUCCAGAACGGAGGCGCCUACGAUCGCUCGCUUUCACUGGCACAAUAAAACCCGACUCAUCCGAAUCUCCUCAUCGGUUCCGGUUGUAGAUCACAGCCCACCAGCGGAGAAUGAACAGCAUCAGGCAGGUGCCCACCCGGGUGAAGAGCCGCAGGGUCGAGACCAACCUGGGCGCCGAGAGGGAGCAUUUUGACAAGCAGCAGCUCAGCAGCAUCAGCAAGGCCAUCAACUCCACCGAGGCGCCAGUCAAGGAGAAACAUGCUCGUCGCAUUAUACUGGGGACCCACAGGGAGAAGGGGGCCUACACCUUCUGGUCCUACGCCCUGGGCCUCCCUCUGGCCAGCAGCUCCAUCCUCAGCUGGAAGUUCUGCCACGUGCUGCACAAAGUACUACGAGACGGACACCAAAACAGUCUACAGGACUGUAUGAGGCACCACAGCAGUCUGAUUGAGAUUGGGCAGCUAUGGGGCAACCUCCACGACAAAUAUGGACAGCUGGUGGCUCUGUAUUCCAAGAUGCUGUGUACAAAGAUGGAGUUCCACGUGAAGCAUCCCGAAAUCCGAGCCAACCUGGAAGUCACAGAUGAAGUCCUAGAGCGAGCUGCAGGGACAGACAUCAAUAAUGUCUUCCAGCUCACCGUGGAGGUGUUCGAUUACAUGGACACGGAGCUGAGGUUGGCUGAGACAGUGCUGCGGCAGCUCAACACGUCCAUCGCCAUCUCCACGCUGACCGCGGGCCAGUGCCGCCUGUCUCCGCUCAUCCAGGUGAUUCAGGACUGCAGCCACCUCUACCACUUCACCGUCAAGCUGCUGUUCAAGCUGCACUCCUGCCUCCCAGCGGACACGCUACAGGGCCACAGGGAUCGCUUCCACGACCAGUUCCACAGUCUCAAGAAUUUCUUCAACAAAGCGAGAGACAUGCAGUACUUCAAAAGACUGAUCCAGAUUCCUAAGCUGCCUGACUCCCCGCCCAACUUCCUGCACGCCGCCUCGCUGGCCAAACACGUGAAGCCGGUGGUGGUGAUCCCCGACGAGCCGCAGGACGACGAGGACGACGACCCGGAGCCGCUGAUCGAGGUCGGAGACGUCCCCACCGCCAGCAGCGCCCCGACCCAGCAGUUUGACAUCUUUGACCAAACCUUCGGGGCUCCCAACGGGCGCUUUGAUGACCGGGACCAGCAGAUUGAAGGCCUCAAGCGAGACGUGGAGAUGCUGCGGGCAGAGCUGGAGAGGGUGAAGGCUGAGGCCCAGCGCUACAUCACGCAGCUCAAGUCCCAGAUCAACAGCCUGGAGGCGGAGCUGGAGGAGCAGCGGGCGCAGAAGCAGCGCUCCCUGGUGGAGAACGAGCAGCUGCGUAUGGAGCUGGAGGCCACGCGGCGCCGCAACGCCGAGCACGAGAGCGUCCAGGCCACCUUCAGCGAGGCCGACAAGAGAGCCCAGGCCACUGAGCAGCGCUACAAUAAGCUGAAGGACAAACACACUGAGCUGGUGGCUGACCAUGCUGAUUUGCUCCGCAAGAGCGCCGACACGGAGAGGAUCCUGACCGCCAGCCACCAGACCCACGAGGAGGUGGAGCGCAUCAAGAUGCAGAUGUCGCUCGAGGGGGAGCGGCUCAAACGGGAGGCGGACAUGACGCUGGAGGAGCAGAAGUUUGAGAUGGAGAAGCUGAGGAGGGAGCUGGCUGACAAAAUGGCUGAAAUGACGCAUAUCAAGUCCACUCUGCAGAGCAACGAGAAGGCGGGCAUGGAGCUGAGCGGCUCCAUGACGUCCCUGCAGGCGGAGAAGGAGCGUCUGAUGCGCUCGGUGAGCGAGAAGGAGGCGGAGCUGUCGUCGCUGCGGCAGUCUGCGCUAGCAGAGCAGUCCUCCCUGCAGGUGGAGCGGGAGAAGAGCAGCAGGGACCUGGGGAACCUCCAGAGCAUGCUGCAGGAGAAGGCCGGCCGCGAGGAGCAGCUGAAGCAGAAGCUCCUGGAGGAGCAGUUCUCUCUGCUCCAGGGGACGGUGAGCGAGGCGGAGAACAUCAUCCAGGACGCGGUGGCAAAGCUGGACGACCCGCUCCACGUCCGCUGCACCAGCUCCCCAGAUUACCUGGUGAGCCGGGCCGAAGCCACGCUGGCCUCCAUCGACCAUGUGAAGACGGGCCACGCCCAUUUUGUUAAGGACAUGGCAGACGCCGGGGCCCUGGUACGGGCCCUCACCCAGUUCUCCCACCUCGCCGCCGACACCAUCGUCAACGGCAGCGCCACCGCGCACACCGCGCCCGUCGACCACGCCGACCGGCUGACGGAGAACUGCCGCAGCUGUGCCGUGCAGAGCCUGGCGUUGAAGGAGCUGAAGGAGCAGGCCAGCGUCCGGAGGGCCGACCCCGCCGCCGUCCGCCUCAUCGUGCAGAAGAUCCUCCACCUGGGGCAGGAGCUGCGGCCCAAGGGCUCUGACGUGCGGCAGGACGAGCUUGGCGACAUGGUGGACAAGGAGAUGGCGGCGACGCAGGCAGCCAUCGACGAGGCGGUCCGCCGCAUCGAUGAAAUGAUGAAUCAGGCACGAAAGGACACAUCGGGGGUGAAGCUGGAGGUCAAUGAAAGAAUCCUCUUCAGUUGCACAGACCUGAUGAAGGCCAUUCGCAUGCUGGUGCUGGCUUCCACAGACCUGCAAAAGGAGAUUGCGGAGGGGGGAGGGGAGCCGCCCACCCUCAAGGAGUUCUACGCCAAGGACUCUCGCUGGACAGAGGGUCUGAUCUCGGCCUCCAAGGCAGUCGGCUGGGGCGCCACGCAGAUGGUAGAGUCUGCUGACAAGGUGGUUCUUCACACGGGGAAGUACGAGGAGCUGAUCGUCUGCUCCCACGAGAUCGCUGCCAGCACGGCACAGCUGGUGGCCGCCUCCAAGGUAGGACCCCCGCCCCUCCUGACCGUGCAAGCUUUAGGAACACAUCGUAGCGUACGACUAGCUAACGUUGGAGUUGGCAUCGUCACCUGUAAGAUUCGAUUUUUAUUUUGAUAAAGUCAUGAAAGACGCAAACAGUGCCUCAGUUACUGACUGGGGUAAAGCUAUUGAGAAUUUAACAUUCAUGUGAAAAUGAAAAUGAGAACAAAAACUAAAACUUUAUUAACACAUGCAUAGCUUUCCCUUGAAACGCAUGCCAUUUUGACCAAUAAACAAGUCUGUGU